AAGAUUUCUCAAUUUAUUCAAGCAGUUUAAUUAUUUUAUUAAAAUAAUUGCACAUUACAUAACGUAAUUACGUGAUCGGCGAAUAAUUUUUGAUGGAUUAUGUAUUAUAUAUAUUGACGCCGUGGCUAUAACGAAUCGAGACAAGCACGUUUUACCACGUUAUACAGGCAUCUGUCAAAGAUACGGAGGAAUCACUACAAACAUUUGUGACGCCGAACACAGUGGCGGUUGCGGUGUGGUAAAAAUUGUAACUACUUUUUUCCUUCGUCGAAAUGAAUUUUAUGAUUUUAUAUGCUGGAGACGACGGAAUAAAGUAUGACUUUUCGAAUUCAUAUUUUUAUGGAUAAAUUAUUGUUUGGAAAUAUGUGUAAUUUUUACUUUUUAUUUUAUCGUGUCGCUGAAGAUUUGAAAAAUCUGUGAAUAUCAUGACCAUAUUGACACUCUUGUUGGUCAAGCUUUUUAUUUAUUUCUGCGAGGAUUGAAUCAUCAUUGUUUUGUAUAUUUACGAGGAGCUUUGUAACUUUGCAACAAACAGAAAGAAGAGCAUUUGAUAUUUUCUAAGAAAGUUUUUGUGAGGGGGAAUUGUGGAAGAUUUUCGUCAACUUUGCAUCGGCAAUGUCAAAAGAGCUAUAUCUUCCAUAUGCACAUAAUUGGUUUACAUUUUCAUCCGCUUGUUUUCUAAUGCGUCAAAAUUAGUUGCGAGCAUAUAUAUAUUUUAAUUAUAUAUUUUUUAUACUGUCUAUCAAGGGCAUGCGCAGUUUAUGGACACAUGUUCUUUACAUAUGUCAACAUAAAUAUAGUCUCCCUUGGUCUCCCUGAUAAAUAUGCUCAGCGACAUAACCUUAAAUUGAAAUUGAAAUUAUUUAUUGAGUUACAAAGAUAAAGCUUCGUACAUUUCGCGAUGUCAGAUGAAGUGAUUUGUCUUAGUGAUACAGACGACGAAAUGUUAAUAAAUGAAGAACCUAUCACUGGGCGUAACUCAAAUCGAAAAAACUAUAACAAAAGUGACAGUGAUGCGGAUUUUGAUUUCCCGCCAGUUAAUUUUCACUAUAGCAUAAACAAAUCAACAAACAUAAUUCAACCAAUUGAACAAACAAAUCAAAUUGUAGAUGAAUUAGACGUACACGAAACCGCAUCGGUUGAUUCACAGUAUCAUUCACAGAAUAACGAAAUAGAUUACUAUCAUGUUGAAAGUGAGGUUAGGUCGUCGAAAGACAAUCCAGAAAAACGCAAUUCCAUCAACUCCCCUAGCAAAAACAUCGAUACAACAAAAAGGAAAAAAGUUCAGAAAACUAACAAUUCAUCUAAGGACACAGAACGAGCAAGGACGAAAGAAAAUGCUCUUGUCGAAAAACGUUUGAAAGAACUUGAAAGAAGGCACUGUAAGAACAUUCAGCCUGGGGAAUGCUUAAAAUUUAUGACCGUCCACUUGGAUAAAGAUUUAGAAGACAUUGCCUCUUAUUCCGAAAUUAUCGAUGUACUUAGAAGUUAUGAAAUAUUAUGGGAUUAUGAGUCCCAGCCAAUACCCAACAGUAUUACCUGGACAAGAAAAGUCGAAAGUUACCAUAUGAAUGAUAGGAACCACAUAUGUGAAGAAACUAUCAACCAGGAUGAAAAUCAAAUUUUAGUAAUAUGGACCUCGGAUGAAACUGUGCAAAAAAUCAAAGACGAAACUUUUAUUCCUUCCGCAACGAGCAUAGCUACAAUGUUUCCAGAAAAAAAAAUGUCUUUGAUCAUUUAUGGCAUGGAUGAUUACUUUGAACGCAGUAAAAAAUCAAAAAAGCAAAAAUCUGAUAAAAAUAACCAUAAACGUGAAAACAGCACAACCGAUCCCAAAAUAUCUGAUGAUGAUGUUGAACUUUGCCUGGCCGAAGUACAAUUGACUGUUGGUUGCAACAGCACCCGUGUAGAGACGCCGCAAGAACUAGCAAUGCUUGUUUAUCGAUACACCAAAGCAAUUGCUGAAAUACCAUUCAAAGAGAAGAAAAGACAAAAAAUUACAGAUAAGGUGGAUUGGUACGCUACGGGAGACAACCGAGACACUGUCAAAGUUGAUAAAAAUGGUAACGGUCUUAAACGACUGUGGCAACAGCAACUUUGUCAAUUCAACUUGGCUGGCUUGGAGACUGCAGAAGCUAUUUGCUCCGUUUAUCCUACUCCUUGGGCCCUGAUGCAUGCCUACGAAACUUGUUCUUCCUCUGAAGGAGAAAAAUUGCUCAAGGAUAUUCCGAUAAGACGAGCAGCGGGUCCUUUGAGCACAGCCCGAAAAAUUGGGCCAGAGCUUAGUAAAAAAAUCUUCAUAAUGUUUACAUCAGAGAAUGGCAAAGAGACAUUGGACAAUGAUCGCGUAACUUGAACCACAUCCAUGAAACGCGCAAAACAUGUUACAGCCUGUCAAAUCAUUUUAUUACAGACUAUACAUUCCAAGGAACUUUGCAUCAACACAUGCAAAAGAAAAUUCAGCUCCAUAAACGUGUGAGAAAAUACAAAAUGGAAUGUCUCGAAAUAAAUGUCUAUUUUUUUGAGAA